AUGGCUUGCAGACUUGCAGAUUCUAUGUUCCUCUCCAUGGGCCCCCAUCAAAAUCCAAUUCGAAGCCAAAGAAUUGGAACCCAUUAUUCUUCAGGAAUCUGCUAUUUGAAAUGGGACAGCCUUCCCCAAAAGGGCAUCAAACGUCAGCGGUUUUUAACUCGUAGAAAUUGGACGACGGUUGCAAAAGCGGUUGCCAUUCCAGUUGCACCAUCUUCACCAGACAAUGCUGAGUAUAGAAAACAAUUAUCUGAAAGUUAUGGUUUCAAACAAAUUGGAGAACCACUCCCAGAUAAUGUUACGCUGAAGCAUGUCAUUGAUACCCUUCCGAAAAAGGUGUUUGAGAUUGAUGAUAUGAAAGCAUGGAAGUCAGUUCUAAUAUCUGCCACUUCCUAUGCAUUCGGGCUCUAUAUGAUUUCAAAAGCCCCAUGGUAUCUACUUCCUCUGGCUUGGGCAUGGACAGGGACUGCAGUUACUGGGUUUUUUGUUAUAGGUCAUGAUUGCGCGCACAAAUCAUUCUCAAGAAACAAAUUAGUAGAAGACAUUGUUGGAACACUGGCCUUUUUGCCGUUAAUAUACCCAUACGAACCAUGGCGGUUUAAGCAUGAUCGACAUCAUGCAAAAACAAACAUGUUGAUUGAGGAUACAGCUUGGCAGCCUAUUGCUAAAGAAGAGUUUGAUUCAUCUCCUCUUUUUCGCCGGGCAAUCAUAUAUGGAUAUGGCCCAUUUCGGCCCUGGAUGUCAAUAGCUCAUUGGUUGCUAGUCCACUUCGAUUUGAAGAUGUUCAGACCAAGUGAAGUGAAAAGGGUGAAGAUAAGUUUGGCUUGUGUUUUUGCGUUUAUGGGGAUUGGAUGGCCAUUGAUUGUGUUCAAGACAGGGAUCUUGGGAUGGGUAAAGUUUUGGUUGAUGCCAUUUUUGGGCUAUCACUUUUGGAUGAGUACAUUCACGAUGGUACACCAUACAGCACCUCAUAUACCAUUCAAAUCUGCGGAUGAGUGGAAUGCUGCUCAGGCUCAACUUAAUGGAACAGUUCAUUGUGAUUACCCUCAAUGGAUUGAGACCCUCUGCCAUGAUAUCAAUGUCCAUAUACCCCACCAUAUAUCUCCCAGGAUUCCAAGUUAUAACCUACGAGCAGCUCACAAGUCGCUUCAAGAAAACUGGGGAAAGUAUCUGAACGAGGCUACAUGGAAUUGGCGUUUGAUGAAGACGAUACUGACAGUGUGCCACGUUUACGACAAGGAGCAGAAUUACGUUGCCUUUGACCAACUUGCCCCGGGAGAGUCUCAUCCAAUCAAGUUCCUUAAAAAAGUGAUGCCUGAUUAUGCUUGA